CGCCGCUGAUCACCCCGUCUGCUCCCGGCCCCGGCUUGCCCUCGGCUCCUGUCCCACGCCGCCGAGAGCCGGCCAGCGUGCAGGGCCCAUGAGCACCGGUGUGUAGCGCGCCAGUCUGCGGUGCCCAGAGCCCGAGCGCAGCCUCCAGGUCCCACCUGAGGUGCCCUUGACCGUCCCUGCCCUCACCCCACCCCGGAUCCCGGCAAUGCUAACCGCUGUCUGUGGCUCUCUGGGCAGCCAGCACACCGACGCGCCUCACGCAUCACCGCCGCGCCUCGACCUGCAGCCUCUCCAGACGUACCAGGGUCACACGAGCCCGGAGGCCGGGGACUACCCCUCCCCGCUGCAGCCUGGAGAGCUGCAAAGCCUCCCACUGGGCCCGGAGGUAGACUUCUCACAGGGCUAUGAGUUGCCUGGGGCCUCCUCGCGGGUAACCUGCGAGGACUUGGAAAGUGACAGUCCCUUGGCUCCGGGACCCUUUUCCAAGCUCCUGCAGCCGGACAUGUCACACCAUUACGAAUCGUGGUUCCGGCCAACUCACCCAGGCACGGAGGAUGGCUCCUGGUGGGACCUUCAUCCCGGCACCAGCUGGAUGGACCUCCCCCAUACUCAGGGAGCGCUGACCUCACCAGGCCACCCUGGGGCGCUUCAGCCUGGUUUGGGAGGAUACGUCGGAGACCACCAGCUCUGUGCUCCGCCGCCCCACCCGCACCCGCACCACCUCCUCCCAGCCACUGGUGGGCAGCACCUCCUGGGGCCACCCGACGGGGCUAAGGCCUUGGAAGCGGCGGCGCCUGAGUCCCAUGGGCUGGAUUCCGGUCUGGAUGCGGCGGCCCGACCCAAAGGCUCCCGGCGGUCUGUGCCUCGCAGCUCAGGGCAAACCGUGUGUCGCUGCCCCAACUGCCUGGAGGCGGAGCGACUCGGGGCUCCGUGCGGGCCCGAUGGGGGUAAGAAAAAGCAUUUGCACAACUGCCACAUCCCGGGCUGCGGGAAAGCAUACGCCAAGACGUCGCAUCUGAAGGCGCACCUGCGGUGGCACAGCGGCGACCGUCCCUUCGUGUGCAACUGGCUUUUCUGCGGCAAGCGCUUCACGCGCUCCGACGAGCUGCAGCGCCACCUUCAGACCCACACCGGGACCAAGAAGUUCCCCUGUGCGGUCUGCAGCCGAGUCUUCAUGCGCAGCGACCACCUGGCCAAGCACAUGAAAACCCACGAAGGCGCCAAAGAGGAGGCUGCGGCGGCGGCCCAAGGCGAGGCCAAGGCUGGUGGCGUGGUGGAGCCGCCGGGGGUCAAAGGCAAACGUGAGGCUGAAGGCAGCUCUGCGUCCUCCAACUGAGCCCCGGUGGAUGUCGCACACCCUGCCGUCCUUUAGAGGGGGGCGGCCUGAGUAAGAGGGGAAGGUCGUUAUUUAUUGAUGGUGAGGGGACAGGGAGAGGGGCACUAGCGGGGUUUUAGUCUCUGGGGCUGCAUGGGAGGCUGUUUGACUAUUUUAGACUUCCUGGAGCUGACCGUGCCCCUCGUGUCUUCCCUUUCUCACUAUUUCACCCUCCCCUGAGUGGCUGGAGAAUUGGGAUGGAGCACUCCCACCAUGUGGAGGGGUUCAGCUGGUAGAGGUGGCUCGUCCCAGGAGCUGGAGCUGAAGGGAAGCGAGCCUGGCGUUGGGGGUAGCUGUCUGGACACGUCUUUAGCUCCUGGGAACCGGGACAUAAAAGCACCUCGGAGCCGCCCUUCGGCCCUAGGUCCCUUUCAUCCCCAGUCUAGUGCUUUCCCUCUAAAAUUCCAGAGAGAGCAAGUGGAGCUGAGGUGGAGGAGCCUGGGGUGGCUCCCCUAAAGGGGCUGUCUAGGUAGCUUGGAGGGUGUUGCUACCUAAAGAGCUUCCUUCAGUGAAUUCCUUAGAAACCCUUCCAGGUUCAGACCGAUAGAGCCAGGAAGGGUACACCUUCGCAGCCAGAGCUGUGAGGGGGAGUCCAGAGCUAGAAUGGGGAAGUGGGACCCGGCAGGGAAGAAGGCUUCUUACAAAUGGAAGAGUUUUGGCAGGACUGCAGGACCAAACUGCUUCUUCCCCUUUCAGCUCCAAUUCAACCCUUAAC